AUGGCCACCCCCAGUGUCCUGGCUUUUGACGCUGAGGGUCGCGCCAUUGACUUUGCAGUCUGGGUUGAGGACCUGCAGCUGUACUUACUGUGCGAUGCGAUAGAUGAGGUUUCUCUCUUUGACUUUGUCUCUGGCGCUGUCCCUGCCCCUCCUGCUGAUGCUGACCCCGCUGUUUGCUCCAAGUGGGCCACACGCGAUGCUGCUGCACGUCUUGCUGUGCGUCGGCACCUCCCUUCCUCCGAGCGUGCACACUUUAGUCAGUGCAAGACCGCUCAGGCCUUGUACGACGCUGUAGUUGCGCGCUACUCCUCCCCUUCCUCCGCUAAGCUGAGCCGCCUCAUGCUACCGUACCUCUUCCCUGACCUCGCUGCCUUUCCCACAGUCGCUGACCUCUUUACCCACCUCCGCGCUAGUGACACUCGCUACCGCGCUGCGCUUCCUGCUGACUUCUGCGCCGCAAACCCUCCUCCCAUGUACAUCACUCUCUACUUCCUAGUCACCCGUCUCCCUGAGUCCCUUCGUGUCGUUAGGGACCAGUUUCUCUCUGUCUGUCCCACCACCCUCACUGUCGACCUCCUUGAGAAGUCCCUGCUAGCGGCCGAGAAGAGUAUCGUCGCUGUAGGGGCCUCUCGUGGUGACCCUCGCACCCCCAUCUUUGAGGGGUGUUCUCCUUCCCCUCUGCUGCCCUCUGUCGCCUCUGCUGCUGCGGCCGACCUCGUUGGUUUGGAGUCGGUCGGUGCGGCGUCUGCCCCCAGCGGUAGACGCCGCUCUGGCAGGGGCAAGGGGGGCAAGGGAGCGGGUGGAGCUAGCGGGGGCGGUGGCGGAGGAGGUGGGGGCGGCGGGGGGAGUGGGGGUGGCGGUGGAGGUGGUGGCGGGAGUGGAGGUACUAGUGGCGGCAGUGGAGGCGGAGGUGGUGGCGGAGGUGGUGGCGGAGGUGGCGGUGGGAGCGGCGGGGGCGAGGGUGGCGGUGGCGGCGGUGCCGGCGGAGGCGGGGGCGGAGGUGGUGGAGUUGGUCGGAGUGGCUCGUCCCAGCGGAGCAGCACUGGGGGUGGUCAGCGCCAGCAGCAGCAGCAGCAGCAGCAGCAGCAGCCGCAGCAGCAGCAGCGCUCUCGCGACGUCCCCGCCCCUCAGCAGCUCCGUGAGUGGUACUCGCAGCGUCAGCGUGGUGGGGCGUUUGGUCCCUGCACCUACGUUCUCCGCACCGGCGACCGCGCGGGUGAGCAGUGUGGGGGCACCCACACCGCCCGCCGCUGCUUUGGCCGCCUGACAGACGCCUGGCGCCAGCAGUUUCCGGAGGUCUCUGAGAUCCCCCGCUGGGGAGAGCUGUCUAGGGCUAGUGUAGCUAUUUUUGAUCUUGACUUUGAUGCUAUCCUUGCUGCCAUGUAUGCUGUGACUGUUAGUGAUGAGGGUGACUGUUACCGGUGUUUCCCGCCCGACCCGGGCAUUGGUACUGCUGCUCUAGGUGCUAGUGAGGCUGCUGCUCUAGGUGCCAGUGAGGCUGCUGCUCUAGGUGCCAGUGCGUCUGUACUCUCAGGUACUGGUGAGUCUGCUCUCUCAGGUACUGUGUCGGCUUCGGCCUCUCACACCUUCACCCUGGACUCUGGGGCCUCUCGCUCCUUCUUUAGGGACCGCACCACUCUCACGCCGCUUAGUCGGCCGGUUGCGGUGUCCCUGGCUGACCCCUCUAGGGGUCCUGUCCUGUCUCGCUUCUCCACAGUCCUCCCGUGUCCGGCGGCCCCCUCUGGCACCCUGUCUGGUCUCUACCUCCCCUCGUUCUCUACGAACCUGGUGAGUGGUGCUGACCUACAGGAUGCGGGUGUCCACCAGUUCACUCCUGCUCGUCAGCGGGUGACCCACUGCACAGAGGCUAGCACAGGUCGCCACCUGGCUACGUUUACACGUCAGCCAAGGUCGAGCCUGUACACACUGACCACUGCUUCUCCUCCAGGUGCUGACUCUCGUCGGAUCCCUUCGUCUAGUCAGGUGUUUGCUGCAGCGUCCAGGUCUGGUCCUGAGUCUGCCCCCUGUUCGUGUCGCCGUCUGUCUCACGAGACCCUCCUCUGGCACCACCGCCUUGGCCACCCCUCUCUGCUUCGGCUCAGAGGCAUGGCCUCCCGUCUUCUUGUGUCAGGUCUCCCCCGGUCCCUCCCUCCCCUUCCUCAGGGCCCUAGCCCUGCCUGUGUCCCCUGUGUCGAGGGGCGCCAGCGUGCUGCCCCUCACUCCUCCCAGUUUCCCCCGACAGAGGCCCCGUUGCUGACGCUUCACAUGGACGUGUGGGGCCCAGCCCGCGUCCGUGGACAGGGUCAGCAGCGCUACUUCCUGCUCGUUGUUGACGACUACUCGCGUUACACCACAGUCUUCCCCUUGCGCAGCAAGGGUGAUGUCACUGAGGUGCUGAUCGACUGGAUCCGCGCAGCUCGUCUCCAGCUCAGGCAGCGCUUUGGCUCGGACUUUCCUGUUUUGCGUCUGCACUCGGACAGAGGCGGAGAGUUCUCCUCCGGCCUUCUGCGUGCCUACUGUCGUGCGCGAGGCAUCCGUCAGACCUUCACGCUUCCGGACUCACCGCAGCAAAAUGGGAUUGCAGAGCGCCGCAUUGGCAUGGUCAUGGACGUCGCUCGUACGUCUAUGAUGCAUGCGGCAGCUCCCCAUUUUCUGUGGCCGUUUGCGGUCAGGUACGCGGCGCAUCAGAUCAACCUCCACCCCAGGGUCUCCAGGCCGGAGACCUCCCCAGCCCUGCUGUGGACGAGGAAGGUUGGCGAUGCGUCGGCGUUCCGGGUCAGGGGAUCUCGGGCGUUUGUUCGCGACUUGUCUGCGGACAAGCUGUCCCCUCGCGCUGCUCCCUGCGUCUUCCUGGGGUUCCCCCCCGACGCCCCUGGGUGGCAGUUCUACCACCCCACCUCUCGCCGUGUUCUGUCCUCCCAGGACGUCACGUUCGACGAGUCGUUACCCUACUACCGCCUCUUCCCCUACCGCACUCCGUCCCUCCCACCGCCCCCACUCUUUCUUGUCCCAGGUCCCCCCCCGGUAGACCCCCUUCCCCCUCAGGGUCCUGCCCCGUCAGGUGUGUCCCAGGUAGACGCAGUUGAGCCUGUUGAGGUCACUGGUGACUCUGGUGCUGCUGGAGGUGCUGAGCCUGGGGGUGCUACGUCUGGGGGUGCUGAGCCUGGGGGUGCUGAGCCUGGGGGUGCUACGUCUGGGGGUGCUGAGCCUGGGGGUGCUACGUCUGGGGGUGCUGAGCCUGGGGGUGCUGAGCCUGGGGGUGCGGAGCCUGAGGGUGCUGAGCCUGGGGGCGCUGAGCCUGGGGGUGCGGAGCCUGGGGGUGCUGCGCCUGGGAGUGCUGAGCCUGGGGGUGCUGAGCCUGGGGGCUCUCUCGGUACUUCGUCUCGCCGGGAGCCACUCUCUCCACAGGAGCUGCGCGAGUGGUUUGCCCGGCGCUGGAGCCGUGCUUCUGGUGCUGCUGGAGGUUCUGAGGCUGCUGGAGGUGCUGCUGGGGGUUCUGGAGCUGCUGGAGGUGCUGCUGGAGGUGCUGCUGGAGGUGCUGCUGGAGCGGGUGCUCCUGCUGGGGGUAGUGGUCCUGUCCCUGCUGUUUCUGGCGUCGCCACGCGGCCCCGACCGUAUUUCGUUCUGCUCCUGCAGCAGGUUCUUGGUCUUACACCCUCUCCUGGUCCUCCUCCUCUUCCUUCCUUAGCGGGUCCACAGCCUGUCAAAUCACAGUCACAGCUACAGCCUGCCUUCCCUUUGCCUGCUCCGUCUCCCUACGCUGGUCCUACUGGAGGUCUUACUGAGCGUCGUGAGCCUGCGUCUCGUCCUGCGUUGCCUGUUCGUCUUGCGCGCGCUAGUGGUCGCGGUUCGCGUCAGCGUCCUCCUCCUGUCCCUGGCACGCACCGAAUGUCCGUGCAUCCGACCAGUGCUCCUCUGCGUGCCCCUUUGCCUUCUCCUCCUGCGUCCUCUCUCCCUGCUGUCGCCGACCCUGCGUCGGACUCUCUUCGUGCUGCCAGUCCUACUGUCACGCGUCUCCUUGCUACUGCCGUCACUGACCCUUCUUUCGAGUCCACUGCCGCGUCUGCCCUUGUCACUGAGCUCGUCGACUUUGCUGCUCGCUGUCGUCUAGACUACGCUGCUAGUCUUGUCGCUGAGUCUGAGUCCGCCUGUCCUCCGUCCGUCGGGGGUGAGUGUGCCGUUGGCACGGACGUCCUUGAGGACAGGCAGAAGGAGGUGUAG